AUGGCCGAGGGUGAAAUGCAGCGGCAUGGCGAUGUGCGCAGCCGACGAAUAUGCGGGCUCGCACGGUGGGCGACUCUGCGGACGUGCUCCCGCGCGACGGGAGAGCCUUGCGCUCCCACCGUCCGUCUUUCCCUUUACUCCUCUCCCUCCCCCGCUGCCGAUUCGGGCAUGUCUCUCGCGACGUCCGACUCCAGCUUCACCCCCUCCAAGGAACUCGACCACAACCUCCCCGAUUCAGCUCAUGCAGAGAAAGCCCAGUCACAGGACUGGUCCGAGCCCCCAGAUGGCGGCGUGGUGGCGUGGUUGACCAUCGCUGGCGCAUGGUUUGUGCAGUUUGCGACCUUCGGCUACAUCGGCGCGUUCGGCGUGUAUCAAGACUACUAUACCACGCAUUUCCUGACCCAGCAGACAGCCUCCAACGUCAGGUACAGUAGCGUCUCGCGCGUCUGCUCCCACGCGCCGCUCAUCGCGCGACCCAACAGUUGGAUAGGCAGUCUCCAGCUCUGCCUCAUGUACGCCCCUGGUGUCUUUGUCGGGCGGGCGUUCGACGCGGGUCUUUUCCACCACCUUGAGAUCAUCGGCUCGCUCCUCUACGUGCUCUGUAUCUUUCUGCUGUCGCUGGCCAAGCCCGAACAAUAUUACCAGGUCUUCCUCGCACAGGCUGUCGGCAUGGGCGUUGGCCUCGGCAUGACCUUCCUCCCCUCGCUCAGCAUCGUCGCGCACCACUUCCGCCGCCGCCGCGCCCUCGCAACCGGCAUCGUCGUCAGCGGCGCGUCCGCAGGCGGAAUCGUGUUCCCGAUCAUGCUCAACCACCUGCUCAGCGACACCCGCGUCGGCUUCGGCAACGCCGUGCGUGCGAGCGGCGCCGUCGUCGGCGCGGCGCUGCUCGUCGGAAACUGCCUGAUGCGCACGCGCCGGCCGCCCGCGAAGACGGACGGGGCGCACGCGCGUCUGCGCUGGACGGAGAUGCGCGACGUCGUGUGGGACGGCGCGUACCUGUGGUCGAUCAUGGGGGCAUUCUUCACGAACCUGGGCGCGUACGUGCCGUUGUUCUAUCUGCAGCUGUUCGCGGCGGACCACGGUGUGGACGUGCGGAUCACGACGUACUGUCUGGCCAUGCUGAACGCGGGGAGCAUCGUGGGCCGCCUGCUGCCGACGUUCCUCGCAGACCGCCUCGGCGUGUACAACAUGCUGCUGCCGGCGAUCGGGAUGUGCGCGGCGCUCAUCUUUGCGGUCUUCGGCGCGACGAACCCGGCGGGCGUCGUGCUCGUCGCGGUGCUCUUCGGCUUUGCGUCCGGCGCGUACAUCUCGCUCAUCCCCUCGCUGCUCGUCUCGCUGUGUCGGAAUUUCGGCGAACUGGGCGUGAAGAUGGGCUGCGCGUACACGGUCGUCGCGGCCGCACAGCUGGUCGGCAACCCCAUAGCGGGCGCGCUGCUCGGGGGGUCGGCGCCGCUCAAGUGGUGGCGCGCGAUCCUGUUUACAGGCGUGAGUGCUCCUCCUAUGAUUCUGCAGAACGGCAGGCCUGACCCUCGCCCCCCCCCAAAGCUGUGUGCCCUCGUCGGGCUGCUGUGCAUGACCGUGUCGCGGACGCUCUUUGUGCGGCGGAAGGGCCGGCAGCGGGUGUAG